AUGACUGCUGCAUUCAAGAUUUCUUUGCCCAACGGGCUUAACUAUGACCAGCCUACAGGGCUGUUCAUUGACAACGAAUACGUCCCCGCCAAUGGCGAGAAGUUUACCGUCUAUAAUCCUACCACUGAUGAAGAGAUCAUAACUUUGCAAGGCGCAUCAGAAGAAGAUGUAGACAAAGCCGUUGCCGCUGCCCGUCGCGCUUUUGAUGGGGAGUGGUCUGAGCUCGAGGCCGUUGAGCGAGGCGCACUGCUGUAUAAGCUUGCCGAAUUAAUUGACAGAGACAGGAAGCUCCUAGCAAGUAUCGAUUCGUUCGAUAAUGGCAAGUCCUUCUCCGACGCAUAUGGCGGAGAUCUGCUUGAGAGCUACAACGUCUUUCGAUACUACGCUGGUGCCGCGGACAAGAUUACUGGCAAAACUAUUGAGACUUCACACAAAAAGCUGGCCUAUGUCCUGCAGGAGCCUCUUGGUGUCUGUGGUCAGAUUAUUCCCUGGAACUAUCCGUUUAUGAUGCUUGCGUGGAAGGUCGCGCCAGCUCUAGCAUGUGGAAACACAAUUGUUCUGAAGCCUGCCGAACAAACACCUCUCUCGGCUCUAUACUUUGGCAAGCUUAUUGUAGAGGCUGGCUUCCCACCUGGUGUAGUCAAUAUUAUUCCUGGUCUCGGGUACAUCUCCGGUAAGGCUCUUGCAGGCCAUAUGGACGUUGAUAAGAUUGCCUUCACUGGUAGCACAGCCACUGGAAGAUCAAUUAUGAAGUCUGCUGCCAGCAAUCUGAAGAACAUUACUCUGGAAUGUGGUGGCAAGAGCCCUAGCAUUGUUUUUGAGGAUGCGGAUCUUGAUCAGGCUGUGAAGUGGUGUCACAGUGGUAUCAUGGACAAUAUGGGUCAGGUGUGCACAUCGACAUCCCGAAUCUAUGUUCAAGACACAAUUUACGAUGAGUUCCUCGCCAAAUUUACCGAGAAGACCAAGGAGGCCGCAACAAAGAUUGGUGAUCCUUUCCACGAGGAUACUUACCAAGGACCUCAAGUUUCCAAAGCUCAAUUUGACAAGGUCUUGAGCUAUAUUGAUGAGGGCAAGAAGUCUGGCGCCCGCGUCCUCCACGGCGGUGCCAAGCAUGGCGAUAAAGGAUACUUUAUUCAGCCCACAGUUUUUGCUGACACCACUGAAGAUAUGAAAAUUGUCAAGGAGGAAAUUUUCGGCCCUGUCGUUGCAAUUUCCAAGUUCAGCACCGAGGCAGAGGUUAUUGCCAAGGCGAACGACACAUCAUACGGCUUAGCCGCUGCCGUGUUCACCCAAAAGGUGACAAAGGCGCACAAAGUUGCUCGUAAGAUUCAAGCCGGCAUGGUGUUUAUCAACUCAUCGGGCGACUCGCAUUUCGGCAUUCCCUUUGGAGGGUACAAGUCGUCGGGCAUUGGGAGAGAGCUGGGUCAGUAUGCAUUGGACGCAUAUACACAGUCCAAGGCGGUGCAUGUAAAUCUAGGAACAGAGUUGUAAUAAAAUAGGCCACGAUGUGAGUUGUAAAAGAAAAGAAAAGUAACGAAUUAAUAAAAUUAAAACGAAAUAUUAAAGCAAU